AUGGAGGGGUCGUUCGAGUCGUACAAGGAGAAGGUGCUGCUGGGCGACGUGGCGUGGGACACGUACGUGACGGCGAAGCUGAUCACGGGCACGGACUUCCAGCUGCUGCGCCGCUACGACCACCGCUCCAAGGAGACGUCUCAAAAUUCUGAGACGCUACGACCACCGCUCCAAGGAGGUCCAGGCCGCGCUGCUCGAAGAGGCAAGCGCCUCAGCAACUGCCUCUCCGCUCCUCGCGCCUCUCUUUCUCCCUCUUCGGUUCUCGCGUUUAUGCGGGACAAGAAGAGGGCGCGCUUGUUCCACGAUCCAUCCAUAACGGACGAUGUCUAUGCGCCCUUCAUCAGCACCUGCCCCUCCAAUCAUAAUAACGUCCUUCCGUGCAUCUCCCCUCCCCCCCUUAAAUCACCCCCUCUCCAACGGCCGUUCCCGCCUCGUGCCUGCCCGCCCACCAGCUCUCGCCCGCACAGCUCUUCCGCGCCUGCAGCAGCAGCUGGGGCAGAGACGCCCGCAUCCCCCCCAGCAGGCGACAUAGACUACGUGCUUGAGCCCUUCAUUGCCUUUCUCUGCCACCAGCUGACUCGCCCGGUGCGCGCGGUGCCAUCAGCCGUAACAGCGCUCGCCACAACGCUCAGGGGCGUAUUCGCUUUUAAGGCUCCUCAGUUAUCAACCUUCACACAUUUCCGUCUCUCCCCUCCCUCACUCCCUCCCCCAGCUGACUCGCCCGAUGCACCCGCUGACUCGCCCGGUGCACCCGGUGCGGGCGGUGCCAGCAGCCACAACAGCGCUGGCGCCAACGCGCAGGGACAUCUGACUCGCCCGGUGCACCUGGUGAGGGCAAUGCCAGCAGCCAUAACAGCACUCGCCACAAUGCUCAGGGACGUGUCAGCUCGCUCCAUCUUUGCCAAGGCUGAUGGCCUGACUCGCCCGGUGCACCCGGUGCGGGCAAUGCCAGCAGCCAUAACAGCGCUGGCCACCACACUCAGGGACGUGUCGGCUCGCUCCAUCUUUGCCAAGGCGGAUGGCGUGCGCCUGCUGCUGCCCUACAUUGCACCCGUGGCUGGCCAGAACCAGAUGCAGCUGCUGUACGAGGCGGUGCUGUGCCUCUGGCUGCUCUCCUUCCACGAGCCUUCCCUGGAGGCCAUUCGCCAGGCGCGCAUUCUGCCGCGCCUCAUUGACGUUGCCAAGAGCUCCGCUAAAGAAAAGUGCGGGUGGCGUGGUGGUGCUGACGUUGAGCAACCUCAUCACCUGCGGGCACCUGGGGGCAUCGAUGGUGGAGCUGGGGCUGCCAGACCGUCGCACAGCAACUCACUCCUCUGCGCCUCUCCCAACCAACCACCUUCUCACCCUCACAUGUCACAGAUUGUGCGAGUGGCAGUGCUCACCCUCAGCAAUCUGAUGACCCGCGGGCACCUGGGGGCAUCAAUGAUUGUGCGGGUGGCAGUGCUCACUCUGAGCAAUCUCAUGACCCGCGGGCACCUGGGAGCAUCAAUGGUGGAGCUGGGGCUGCCCAAGGUCGUGCAGAGCCUCACACCUCUCCACCUCUCCCAACCCCCCAACCUCCCACCCACACGUGCCACAGAUAGUGCGAGUGGCAGUGCUCACUCUCAGCAACCUGAUGACCCGCGGGCACCUGGGGGCAUCCAUGGUGGAGCUGGGGCUGCCCAAGGUCGUGCAGAGCCUCAAACUGCACGCGUGGCACGACGAGCCUGCAGCUCGUUUCUUGUGCCCUGCACUCUCGUGCCAUCUAUGCAUGCCUCGCCCCCCAUCAUCGUGCGUCCCCUCUCUGACCACAAUACUCCCAUCUGCCCCAUCCAUGCUUCACGCUGCCCCUACCAGGAUCUGAACGAGGCUCUAGAGGCGCUGGACGUGGGGUUGAGGCACAACCUGCGCGUGAUGAGCUCGUUUGCCAAGUACUACCGCCAGGCCAGGAGGUGCUCUGAGGCGCGCUCACAAGCCUCAUAUCACACCGUCUUCCCUUCCUUCCCUCUCUGUUCCCUGCGCGUCUCACACUGCCACCAUCAUCAGGACCUGAAGGAGGCUCUUGAGGCGCUGGACGUGGGGUUGAGGCACAACCUGCGCGUGAUGAGCUCGUUCGACAAGUACCGCCAGGAGGUGCUGUCGGGCUCGCUCGACUGGACGCCCAUGCACAAGGACGCGGCAUUCUGGCGCGAGAAUGUCAUGCACUUUGAGGAUAAUGAUUUCCAGGGUGUCGGGCAUGAGCCACGAGCCGUGCAUGCUGGCAGUGGUGGCAUGCCAUGUCACGACCUGGGGCAGUUCAUCUCAUGUCUUAUGCGCCUUAGACGUCUCAUCCGUCCAACCCCACUUCACCUUCCCUCCUUCCCUACCCCACACCAGGUGCUGCGAGCAUUGGUGGCCUUACUCGACACAAGCCACGAGGCAAAGACUUUGGCAGUGGCGUGUCACGACCUGGGCCAGUUCAUCACAUACCAUCCGGCGGGGCGGGGAGUGGCGCACGACAUGAAGGGCAAGGAGCGAGUGCUGCGCCUGCUGGACCAUGCCGACCCCGACGUGCGCAAGCAGGCCCUGCUGGCCGUGCAGAAGCUGCUGCUGUCUGCCAAGUAUGUCUCGUAUCUGCAGUGA